CGCGCUAUUGCCUGUGGUGGCUUGUGAUGAGCGAGAGGAAUGUGUGAGCGCCAGAGCCAACGCCAGCACCAGCGCCAGCGCCAGCAGGCUUAGGACCAAGGAUAUUAUAACAUGCAAGGAGAUGCAACGAUGCAUGCAUGCAUUACUCCGUAUAAUACGUUCCCCACUGCUCGUGCAACCCACCUUUGGCCCUUUGCUUGCUUGACGCUCUCGAACUUAGCCUCUUUGUUGGACCAGGACCAGGACCAGCACACACCCUGGUAUCUGUAGGUUGUAGGGCUUCCGCACAGGUUGUUCCAGAAUGAGCGAGUAAAUUGUCCCUUUUGUCAUUUCUGGGGCUGGGCUUGACUGGGGAUGGAGGCAAUACACGUGACUGGUCCCUCGGAACUAUCACGGCUGCCUCAAUGGGGAGCGAGGGGUAGUGCAAGGUCGUGCAGAGGCGCAGAUGUGCAGAAGGAAUGGACAACACCCUUGCUUGCUGCUGCUUGUGUGGUGCUGGGCAUGAAACGUCCAUCGUAAAUAUCGCAGGAGUUAUUAUUACACCUCACUCCUCCCUUCCUGUACACCGCCGGUCGCUAGGUUGCUGAAGGAAGAACCGACGCCAGGCCGUGCCGUCCGUCUCUCCAUUCAUGCGAUCGCUGUUCGUUGUUUGACACUAUGAUGCUGUACAGUCACUUAACUUACCGCUGUUCGUACUUGUAGUACUAUACAGGUCAGACAGGAGAGGAGAGUAGCAGUACAGGGCGAGUAUCGCGGUCCUUCCUUCCGCCCUCCCUCCUCCCUCCUUUCACCCUCGUACCGGGCAAUACGGCCAAGAGGGUAAGACUGUACUCAUAUAAAAAUGUGCUCAUUUGCAUUUAUGAUGGUGUGAAGCCACGACGGAGGAGGUAGGGAAGGAAGGGCCCCUGAUCCAACCCGAUCAUGAGCAGCAGGCUCAGAAAGCUGCGUGUCACCUCGGCGCUCAUCACCGCUUCCCUCGUCCCUCCCUUGUAAUAUUCGAUGUGCAAUGUGCAAUGUGCAUCACCCGUCCAGACCAGCCAGACAAAAGACCGGCAGUUUCGUGUUUGGCUUGUGCGAGUCAGCGACAGAGAGACUGGACGAGGCUUUUCUUGGUAUUGCCUAUAGUACGCGUCGUCUGGUUCUGGUUCUCGUAUUUGACGAUCGACCGGUCUCGGAAGCGGAAGACAAAGGGAACAGAAAGGGUGUCUUCGUUGUGAACUGCCGCAUUUGUCCAACAACUGACGUGGUUGUGGCUUUGGUUGCUUCUUGUGUGGCUUUGGCGUGGCUUUAUCGCUAUGGCGGGGUCGUUUGUCGUUUAUCGGGAGGGGAGCUCUCCGGUUCUCAGCCUCGCGGGUUGUGGCCUCGCUAUUGGCUAGUGGCUUGGGACACCUCGAAUGCCACUCGACGAUCUGAUAUUGAAUCUUGAAGCUUCAAGAUCUGGGAGUAUGUGAGUGAGCUUCAAGAAUGCCCAUUCCUGCUUCCGUUACUCCUCCCUGACCAACCGGACUCGCUAAGAUGAAAGCGUGGGAUAUCAGUGCAAGGCUUUCCCUUCAGUGCCGGGUGCUGCGUCAUCAAAGCGCAACAUAUAUAUCAGCAAUUAUACGAGCAAAAACGAGCUGAACGAGCAACUGCCCUCGAAUCCCCAAUUGUCCCAUUACAGGAUGUGCGCGUGCUGCCCGUAGCCAUCAUGUCAAACGCUAAGAUCCCUCAUCGCGAUGCCCGAGGGCGAGCCAAGGAUGCCGGGCAUUUACAUCCAGCGCACAGCGAGGAGUUCCACUACUCCAGUGAUGACGACUCCCAGCACCCACUUGAGGUAGUCUUCAAUGGAGAGAACAUGCACCGCCGCAAAUCCUCCCUCGUCGCCAGCGACCCCCAACUCUACAGGCGCACCGCCUGCUUCGUGCACGCCCUCCUCGACGACCAACACGACGAUGAGCACCACCACAACAGACAUCUGGACGGCAUUGCUGAAACCACGCCUCCCAAUCAGCCACAUGAGCCCAAACAGGAGGGCGACGAGGAGGUAGUCGAGCCCAAGCUUGUUCCCCCUCAAGUCGAACUACACGAGCCAAGUCCGACACCUCCGACUGCCUCGCCGCCGCCAGGGACGCAAACCCCCGGCCAGCCGGACGAGCAGCUCUGGAAGACGACGCAAUCACGGCCUUCUGUAUGCGAGAACAUAGCAGUAGAUGCGAAAAGGGCAGAUACCAAAGCGGUAGAUGUGUCGGCGGAUGCGGUGUCGCAUUCGCGGUUAUUGACGAAGAAGCAGUUGAGUGAUAUGGCGUGGGGCGUGCGAGAGCUGAGUAAGAGGCUUGGGAGCGUGAAUCUCAAGCUUAAGGUGAAGAAUGUGUUUAUUCUUACGAAGGCGCAUGAUGAGUCGUUGGUUGGGAAUACGAGGGAGGUAGCGAAGUGGUUGUUGAGUAAGGAUAGGGGGGUCGAGUAUGUAGUGUAUGUUGAGGAUCUUUUGAAGGGGAAUAAGAAUUUUGGGGCGGAUACACUGGGAGAGGAGCUGAAUGAGGCGGAUGGAAAGACGGCACCAAAGCCGAGCCGGUUGAGGUACUGGACUGAAGAGAUGUGUCGGUCGAGGCCGCAGACGUUCGACUUCAUCGUCACGCUUGGAGGGGACGGUACAGUCUUAUACGCGAGCUGGCUGUUCCAGCGCAUCGUCCCGCCGGUCCUGAGUUUUGCACUCGGCAGCUUAGGGUUCCUGACGAAGUUUGACUUCGAUGAUUUCCAGGGGACGCUGACUACGGCAUUCAGAGAUGGCAUCAAAGUGUCGCUCCGGCUACGGUUCGAGGUCACAGUCAUGAGAUGCCAGAAGCGGAAGAAGAGGUUAAUUCAACAUGAUGGCGACGACACGACCGAAGUCGUAGCUGCAGACGAGGAUUGGGAUGAGGAUUUAUCCCAUCGCGACCUCGUAGAGGAGUUAGUUGGCGAGGAGAAGGAUGAUGAGAGGACACACAGACCAGAUGGUACCUACGAGAUCCUCAACGACAUCGUCGUCGACCGCGGUCCCAACCCAACCAUGUCCUCCGUCGAGCUCUUCGGCGACGACGAGCACCUAACCUCCAUCCAAGCCGACGGCGUCUGCGUCGCGACCCCCACCGGCAGCACAGCCUACAACCUCGCCGCCGGCGGUUCCCUCUGCCACCCCGAAAACCCCGUCAUCCUCCUCACCGCCAUCUGCGCGCACACGCUCUCCUUCCGGCCCAUUAUCCUCCCAGACACGAUCGUGCUGCGCGUCGGUGUGCCGUUUGAUGCGCGGACGACGAGCUGGGCGAGCUUUGAUGGCAGAGAGAGGGUGGAGCUGAGGGCGGGGGAUUAUGUGACGGUUAGUGCGAGUCGGUAUCCGUUUGCGAAUGUGAUGCCCAGUGGAAGGAGGAGCGAGGAUUGGAUUAAUAGUAUUAGGGCGAAGUUGGGGUGGAAUACGAGGACGAGGCAGAAGGCGUUUGAUAAGAAACCUUCCUCACUUGAUAAGAAGUGAGGAUGGAGACUUGGGGGGUGGGUAUAUAUGGGGGAUAUGGAAAAUAUUGGGGGGUGGUUUGUGUUGAAGCGCUUUG